AUGCUGCGCUUUCUCUCCUCCCGGAACAAGGCCAACAAACGGGCCCGGAUCGUCGGCAACGUCGUCGUCGCCAUCACCGAGACCGCCAUCCAUGUGCUCCCGGCCGACGUCUCAGCCCGCGCCAAGCCGCUUGUCUCGAUGGACCGCGGCGACCCGGGCUUUUCCUUCCGCGAGGUCAACACCGCGACCGACGGCUCGGUGCUCGAGUUUCACUCCAAGGAUCCAAAGCGCGACGAGCACCGCACGUUUGAGCUCGCCUCGCUGGAGACUGGCCUCAUUGUGACUCAUCUCAAGCACGCCGACACGCCGAUGCUGAUGAACGUCUCCAAGUUUGUGGACGAGCUCCUGCAUCUGAUGACCCUGGAGGACUACAACGAGGGCGAGUAUGUGGUCCGCGCUGGUGACCCCGGGCGGUGCAUGUACUUUGUCUCGGCUGGUACGAUCGAAAUCGAGAUUCCGGCCGCCUCUGGCGAGGUCAAGACCGUCACGCUCCGCGAGGGCUCGUACUUUGGCGAGAUUGCGCUCUUCCUCUCCAAGACCGGCAAGCGGACGGCGUCGGUCCGCGCCGCUACCCCAGUCCAGCUCCUGGUCCUCACCAAGGAGACGUGCAACUCUGUCCUGCACCGCUUUCCUCACAUGGAAAAAGCCUUCCGCGAGCUUGGCUCGGCCCGCCUACGCAACAACGACGAGUCGUCUGGCGGCGGCAAGGGCAAGGGCCGCCGGUCAGCCGCCUCGGCUGCUACCCCGUCGUGGAUGAAGCGCAUCUCGGGCAAGGUGACUAAGCGCAGGGUCACCCUCGGCGCGCCGGCCUCGGGCCCCGCCGUCCGCUCUAAGACCUCGCAGAAGCCGCGCUUCAUGGAGGUUCCGCAAGAGCCCUCGCUCCCUCUGCCGGGCGCGCCUGACGAGGCUGCGCUGCCGCCGAUUCUCGAUGCCGGCUCGUGGGACGCUGACGCGCCGGCGAGGGUCUUUGCCCCGCUCUCGGACCCGGCCGUCCUUGCUGUCGAGGACACAGUGGCAGAGACCAACUGGUUUGCCCGCAUCUUUUGCGACCAGGCAUACUCGUUGUUUAUGGCCAAGAUUGACGAGCGGGUUGUCCUCGUCACCAUCUUUGUCUCGCGGCCGCCGGGUCUCACGCCCGGUGCCGACGCCGACGUUCUUGCCUCGCUCGGGCCCGAGUCGGAGCUGUACGCUUCGUCGACCGCUGCAAGAAACACCUCUAUCGGCGUCCUUGACCUGCCGCUGCCCAAGGCCACCGAUGACAGUGAGGGCAGUGCCGUUGCCGGAAGCAGCAGCAACGGCGGCGGUGGUGGCGACGACGAGUCUAGCUCGGAUGCAGCCGACGGUGAAGGUGCCAAUCUGAGCCGGAGGAGGUCGUCGACGCUGGUGCUCUCGCCCGAGGACGAGGCGACGCGCAACUUGGCGCAGGUUCGCCAGCUCUACUGGGUCAUGGUGUGGGAGAAGAAGAGCGUCCGGCGGUGGGUGCUCGAGUCCGAGUCGAAAAUGAGCUUUGGUCAGGUGCUGGGCUCGGUAGAUCCUGGCCUCGGCGCAUCGGCUAAGAACUUCCGCAAGGUUGAGGCGGUGAGCUACGAAAUGGAGCGUGCACUGUGCACCAUCGAGAACGGCGAGCCAGAGCUUAACUUCAAGCUGGGAGUUCUCUACGCUCGCGAGGGUCAGGUCGAUGAGAAUGACAUGUUUGGCAACAAGGACGGCUCUCCGGCGUUUCGCGAGUUUCUGGAGCAGAUCGGCGAGCGAGUCCGGCUCAAGGGUUACUCGGGCUACUGCGCCCAGCUGGACACCAAGUACGACAAGUCUGGCCUUCACUCGUACCGGACGAGCGCCGGCGGGUACGAGGUCAUGUUUCACGUCUCGACCGAGCUUCAGUACGACCCGACGGACGACCAGUACAUCCAGCGGAAGCGGUUCAUUGGCAACGACAUUGUCGUCAUUGUGUUUGUGGACGGGCCGACAACGUACGCCACGCAGACCAUGAAGUCGCAGUACACCAACAUCCUGGUGGUGGUCACGCCGGAUCCGACCGACUCGUCGCGAUACCGGGUGGCAGUCACCCGCCAGCGCGGGCUCCGCCGCUUUGGCCCGCUCCCGGCGCGGUACUACCGCAAGGGCGACGGCAGCUUUGCCAAGUGGCUCCUCACCACCUGUCUCAAUGGCGAGCACGCGACGUAUGUCUCGCCCGAGUUUUUGGUCCGCGACCGGCGGACCCGCAACAAUCUGCUCAACGACUUUUAUGACGCGCACUGGAGCACUGGAGCCAAGAAGCGCACAACCUGA